UAUAUAUCAUACUGAUGCUUGUAGACUGUUCCUAAUGUACCGUAGUACGAGUACUGUACCGUACGUAGACAGGUGAAGAGAAAUUUGAAAUUUAUUUUCUGGUUCCACGCGUCAGAGGAAAACAAAUAGACUCAAACAGAGGAAUCUUGCGCAAGAAAAAGCACCACACGCCGACGACAAAACAAGGGCAAUAUUUUCUCCUUUCCUAGCAGCCUCGAAAGCAAGGAUUGCUCCAUUACAUCAAGCACUAGUAGACCAGAUAACUCCAGGAAACAUUCCCCAAUCGAGGACGGUCGACGGAAAUUAUUCUAUCUUGAAGAAAUCAAAUCAUUCCAAUAUCGUGAAAAUGAGCUCAGAAGAUAGUGAGACCGCCAUUUUGACCUUUUUGUCGUCUUCUCCGGAUGCCGUCAUUCCUGAUACCCAGCCGUGGGCCGCAAGCAACAAUCUCGACCACGCGAAAGUGGUUGGUGCGAUCAAGUCMCUCUUGGUCGAGCAGUAUGUCGUAGCGGAGGACCUGAAAACGAGUUUUUACACUCUAACGAAGGAAGGAGAAGGUGUUGUAGCCAACGGGGCCCAGGAAAUCAUCGUGUUGAAGGCCCUGAACGAGGCAGGAAAGCUGUCCAUGGGCGACCUACAGGCCAAGGUCGGAAAAGACGUGGCCAAGAUUGGUAUGGGAAACUGUAUGAAGUCGAAAUGGAUCAAAAAAGAAGGAGGAGAUCUUGUUGCGCUGAAGAAAGACGACGAAGUAGAAGACACCGUUCAAAAGCUUCUGCUAGACCUGAAGGCCAUUGACGACAAGGUACGUUCAAGUUUUACUGAAAUUAAUAUGGAAGACAUGGUCAAUGACGGUUGGAAAAAUACAUCGACACCAAAGAUAURUUUGAUUCGUCGAGCUCACUCUUUCUUCAAAUUUAUUUCACCGGCAAACGAUACUAAUAGACCGCAAAAGACUUGAAAAGACGAAAACUUAUUACUCUGGUUACUCAGAAGUCCCACAAGGUCACACGAGGACCUCAAUAUGCUCCCCAGCGAGUGAAAAAGGCUGCCGAUUUGACAAAGGAGAUGUUGGACUCUGGAUCCUGGGAGACUACCGAGUUCAAACCUUACAAUUUCUUAGUUUUGGGAGAAAAGGUGGGAGGCGGUUACCUCCAUCCGCUCCUCAAGGUCCGAGCAGAAUUUCGAAAGAUUCUCAUGGAAAUGGGAUUCCAAGAAAUGCCGACUAACAAGUGGGUGGAGUCCUCCUUUUGGAAUUUCGAUUCGCUCUUUCAGCCACAAUCGCAUCCAGCGCGGGAUGCCCACGACACCUUUUUCAUCAAAAAUCCUGCCGAAACGGUAAGCGUUCCGGAAGAUUACUACGAGCGAGUGAAAGAAAUGCAUGAAAAGGGAGGCCACGGAUCCAUCGGAUAUCGGUACGACUUUAAGAAAGAAGAAGCCUUCAAAAACUUGCUCCGAACGCACACUACUGCUGUAUCUUCGCAGAUGCUUUACAAACUUGCAAACCARCCGGGCGGGUUCAAGCCAGCUCGUUACUUCUCGGUCGACCGUGUCUUCCGUAACGAAACCAUGGAUGCAACACACUUGUGUGAGUUUCACCAAGUAGAAGGAUGGGUGGCUGACUACAACCUUUCUCUUGGCGACUUGAUUGGUACCAUCGAGACCUUUUUGAACAAGAUUGGAAUUACAGAGCUUCGUUUCAAACCUGCCUUCAAUCCAUACACAGAGCCAUCGAUGGAAAUUUUCGGAUACCACCCAGACCUGAAAAAAUGGACAGAAAUUGGAAACUCGGGUAUGUUCCGUCCUGAAAUGCUGCGACCCAUGGGCUUACCAGAGGAUGUCCGAGUUAUUGCCUGGGGUUUGUCGCUGGAACGUCCUACCAUGAUCAAGUACCGUAUUAACAAUAUUCGAGAUCUCUUUGGACACAAGGUAGAAAUGGCGAGAACCCGAACUGUCCCUAUCAGCCGGUACGAUUACUCGGUUGGCGCUGCCAAGCCAACAACAGAUUAGACGGGUGCUUUUGAGGAGCACUGCACCGUAGCAAUGUUCAAGAAUUAAUACAACAUCAAAAUAAUAUUAUUCAGUAUUUUUCUGCUCUGCAAUGAUCUCGCGAAAAAGCGAAUGAAGACAAACCUAAUCUUCGUAUAUAAACAUACAAAAUACUGCUCCAGUGUUCACCAUGGGUUCUUGCUAUCAGACUUGAUGUUGUUUUGAAUCAUGAUCCUUCCGAACAUCUUUAACUAGUGCACAAAACGAAGAAAGGGGAAAAUAUUUCAAAAGAUGACAGAGUUAUGUUCUGGUCGAAUUGAUGACGGACAGACGAACGAAUAUCAUCCUAAAAUCUCUUUUUUCCGUUCGGAAAUCAUCAACCAUCAAACAAACAUCAUCAUCUGUCAAAUCAAAAUUCGAAACUUUGUUUUGGUUGCAGCGAAGCAUCGUCCGUCAUUAUUUAUGUGAUGUACGAUUGACGGCCGAUAAAGGAAUUGAAGGACAUCGGCAAUCAAAUUUAAUACAAUGAGAAAAGAACUCAGUAGUAGAAGUCUUCUAUUUUUGUUGCUGCUAGAAGGAACAGUUCUUUUCUGCUGCUCAGGGUUUCGAUUGCCAGAACAGCCAACGACAACGCAACGGCAUCAUCGUUGUCAACAAUCAUCAGUAAUCCUUUCGGUAUUGGCGGAUACAGAACGGACAGCAGAUAGUGUCUCUAUGAAUACUGAUACCUCAGAGAGAAAAUUCCUAAUCCACUGGAGAGGGGAAAAAGAUCCAGGAUAUAGCAAAUCGUUUAGACACUUGGAAUUUGAAAGUGCUCUUGCAGCUGAACUCUGUUCCCAAAAGCUACCUACGUCAUCGUCAUUGGACCAUGCCAGAGAUACUACAAGCGAUGACAGCAAGGUGAUCCCUCAAGUCAACUUUACUAAUGCUUUAAAUUACAUUGGAAAUGAGUCCAUGACGGAUAUGAACAUCGAACAUUUCAACGAAGCUAUGCAGUUUGUGUCCUUCUCCUCUAAUGAUUCCAAUUUGCUCGCUGUUUCCAAGGCAACCGUCAUUCGAGCCGUUGAAAGAUGUUCUUUAAUUCAUGGUUUCUACGAGAUUGUGGCCUCAAGUGACAAACUAGAUGACUUAGCGGAUCUUGCAAUUAAAGAUGGUGGGUUUUCGGACCUUUACGAAGGAGGGGCCAACGAGAAAGCAACGUGGUGCUUUCGAGCACGUAUGUACAAUUCGUCCGUAAUUCCAGAGGAGCACUCGAACAAAGGAAGAGGCAAACGUUACAGCUCGCGCACGCGAUCGAUGAAAAUAGAGAGGGAUGGCUUGAACGCCCUGAAAGACCUGAUGAUCCGUUUUGGAGGAAAGGUAAACCUGGAAAAUCCUGACAACAAAAUUUACAUAUUCGACGGUCUCGAGGAAGAAAUCGAUGGUGUGCGUGUUGGCCGCAAGGUUCUUGCACGUCGGAUUGCGUCGGGACCCAAAAUAUUUUCCAUCGCACCGGCGGAAAGGAUAUGCAUCACCAACACACCACUGGAGCCCAUUGCUGCCUUUGUUCUUUGCAAUAUUGCAAGAAUCAAGGCUCGGGAUAGAAUUUUGGAUCCCUAUGCUGGUUCGUGUACCACUUUGUUGGCAGCAGCCAUGAUCGCCCCCGAUGCGGAAACCGUUGGCAUUGAGAUUGCUCACAACGGGCUUGUCAAUCGGGAGCACAUCGUCGAAGACUUUACCACUAGAAAUCUGAAACUGCCCAGUCAAAUUAUUCACGGGGAUUCCACUAAUGUCACUAUCCGAGAGACCGCAAAAGAAGCGGUCGGUAAUGAAGCCUUUGACGCAAUCAUUGCCGAUCCUCCGUAUGGAAUCCGAGAAUCCAUCGGUUACAAUGAAAAUAGUCCAUUGGAAGAAUUGUUCACGUCGAUCGCAAUCGAUAGAGGUGCUACCGAUCGCGAGCGCCUGCUGAAAGCGGGAGGAAGACUGAUUGCUUUCGUUCCGGUCACCGAUGAACAAACGCUUACAGAAAUGCUCCCGCACGAGGACUUGACAGAAAAAGCCGGACUGAAAUUCGAGGUGUGCAGGGAGCAGCCCUUGAAUGACAAACUAAGCCGAUGGCUUGUGAGCUAUGUCAGCAUAAAGUAACUACAAUCUUAAAAAGGCGACU